AUAUCCACCCCAGAGAUGUGAAACAAAUUCACUUACUUGUGAUUGUGGAGCCACAAGAACGUCUGAGAUGGCGGUCAACUACACUGGCACGUGGGAUAUGAUCAGCAAUGUCAACUUUGAGGGAUACAUGAUCGCUCUCGGGAUCGAUUUUGCAACCCGCAAAGUGGCGGCCUUGCUGAAGCCUCAGAAAGUAAUCAAGCAAGAUGGCGAUCAAUUCAUCAUCAGGACCCUCACAUCCUUCAGGAACUAUGAAAUUGUGUUUCAGGUUGGGAAGGAGUACAAAGAGGUGACCAAGGGAAUGGAUAACCGCAUUUGCAAGAGUGUGGUCAACUGGGAAAAUGACAAGCUUGUGUGUGUUCAGCGAGGGGAGAAAAGGAACAGGGGCUGGACUCACUGGAUUCAGGGAAAUGAACUUCAUUUGGAACUUACCUGUGAGGAUCAACUGUGCAAGCAAGUUUACAAAAGGACCCUCUGAGUGUUUUACCCUUGGAAUCACCGUAUCCAUGUCAACUUAUGUAUUAUGAUUUUUUUUUUAAAUGCAAAUUUUCAGAGGGGAAUUUAAAACCUAUAAACAUGUAACCUGGAUGUGGAAACACAAUAUAGUAAUUGGCCCAAUCCGAACAAUUCUUCCACUUUCAUCAGGUCUCGAUUAGUUUUUAUGUAGUACAAACCCCUACCACGUGGUGGUGCUGUUGAAAAUAUUAAAAGAAAAGUCACUUUC